ACAGAAAACCUCAUCAAUUUUCCCGUUGUGUACGUUAUUGCAUUUUCAUCCGUUUUUCUGCAGCAAAUGAUAAAUAUAGCAAGGGCGCGGUAAUUCUAGCACUCAGUUCGAAACAGCUCAAGACACGGUGUGCGUCUUUCCUAUCGCGAUGAAGGAGCUAAAAGUGGCCGGAGAAUGGUCCAAAAAAUGGAUCAAAAUUUUCUUCUGCAUGAUCUGUACCAUGCUCUGUUACUUGGGCGUUGUGUUGUUAACGAUCGCAUCGGUAUGCAGAAUGCAGUAUGAACAGUUGGAUGUGUUGAUGGACAUCCGGAUGUACCGGUUGGUGUUAUUCUUGAUGCUGGUAGGCACCUUGUGCGUAGUACUCGCAUUCAUUGGAUUCCUUGGCACCUGGAGAGAAAAUCGACCAGUAUUGUACACGUUCUGCUUGCUGUUGAUCGUGUUUUCGCUCAUGGAGGGCACGGUAGCAUUUAUUGGAUACACGCAGCGGUAUCACAUGGAGAUGGAAAUGGAAACCAAGCUGUGGUAUUCCGUUAAUCAGUACUCCGUCGACGUUUCUUGGCAACCGUAUGUGGAUUCCUAUCAAAUGCAGCUGAAGUGUUGUGGAGUUCAGAACUAUACCGAUUGGUUUAUGGCAACGCCACCGGAAGAUGUCACGCCGGAUGAUAAGGAUCUGAUUGCGCAGCUGGUCCCACUUUCCUGCUGUGAUCUCGCCGAUACAAUGCAAUGUACAAUUUAUGAUGUCGGUUGCCAUAGCAGGCUGUACGAUAUCUUUAACGAAACGGGAAAUACGGUUAUAACGAACACGCUAGCAACGGUGCUAUUGCAGCUGUGUGGUGCUGGAUUUGGGUUCUUUUUGGUGCGUAAGCUAAAGCUAUUUACGUUCAUGGACGAAGAUUUGCUGUACACGGAAAAGCGUAACCCAUUCGCGUACUCCAAAAUGCAUAGCAUGACCAUGUCGAGUGAAAAAUUGUAACGUACAAAGGUACUCGUGAGCAACGCGUUGUGUUAUAUUUUUAAUCUUUAAUGAACUUUAGAUACCCCGUGCGGAAUCGUUAAACCACGGAAUAAGUACUGCAGCGUUUAUCAGUUUGAGCCAUAUUGAUAAGACUUCCACGAUAACGCUCUUAUCGGGCGGGGAGUGUGUGGUACAAAUACUUACUCGUUUUGGCUAAGGUUGGGGGGUGGCAGUUUUAACAAAUGUUGAUCCUGUAUAGAACCACAUCUUGUCUUUACUUAGUUAUAUGGCGAAUAAAUACCAUGUUCCUUUCGUAGUGAAAUAUAUACUUUAUAAGCA